GAAGUGGACAUCGCUCAUCGAAUUUUCUUCAGUUUUGGUAACUGUUUCUGACUGUUUCGACUCUUCGACAUUGUUCAGACAAACCCUGCCAAUUCCCGGGUCGGUCCUAACUUCCCCAAACUGAGUUUAUCCCCUCCCCCUCCUCUCCCUUCCCCCGUCAAUUUCGUACAGUAUCGCCUCGCCUCAUUCAUCUCGCGCGCCUCUCUUCGACUUCUUACCGUAUACCGCCAUUAUUUCUUUAACCUUCCUGCACCAAACAUUCCAACUUCACUUACAACCUAGAUCACAGACAAAUGCUAAAUGAUUUCGACACAUUUGCUGUUAUUCUCGCUUGUUGCCGGCCUUGUUUUCGAUUUAAUAGCGUCCACAACGGUCAAUAACGCGGAAAGAAUUCUCGACAAACGCGACGUUCACGAAAACAUCCGAAAAGAUGAUCCCAAGUCCAAAUGUCGGAAUGGUGGAAUUUAUGCUGGCGGUCAGUGUCACUGUAUCCAUCCACAUACUGGAAAGACAUGUGAAGAGUUUGCAUGUGUUCACGGAAUCUCUGUGGGUCGACGAUAUGAUCCGCUCAGUCUCAUAUUUAGCAAACCUUGCAUUUGUGACGAAGGAUGGAAGGGAGAUCUUUGCGAGUAUCAUUUAACUGACAGGUGCGGAAACAGAGGAGAGUGGAAAGACAAUAAGUGCGAGUGUAUAGGUUCGUUCUUUGGUGAUGAAUGUCAGUUCACAAGUAGAUGUGACAAUGGAAUUAUCAAGCAUGGCAGAUGCAUUUGCCAUAAAGGCUUUGAAGGGGACUACUGCGAAAGAAUUAUAUGCUAUCAUGGCUAUCCAAAUAUUAAGAAUAUGUCGCUUUCGUGCAUCUGCCCAGCAAAAUACAAGGGUUUACAUUGCGACCAGUGCUCACAAGUCGGCCCUAAAAUUCAACCGUAUCCCAUUUGUACGGUAAAAAUCGCCGCCCAUGCGCGACAAUCACGAAAGAAAACUAAUCAACAGAUAAAAUACCGAUUUGUGAUAAUGACUGGAGCGGUCACCUUCCUGGUUAUUAUAGCUGUUUCGAUGUGUGCAUUCCAUAUAUGGCAUCAGAGUAAGAAAAAUCCAUUGGAAGAAGCUGUCAGAAUGCAAGCUUUCUCUGAGAGGUCGCAAAUGCUAGCGGAUGCUGCUUUACAUCCGCAAGAGAUGCAUCCGGAACAGACCACGAUAACGAAAAAAGAACGAAGACGAUCGCUUACGAAUCCAUUCAGAAUGAAGCGCUCAACGAGCGCUGACAUGAGUGUUCGCGACUUUCUUCCUCGACUUCGCAACGCGUCAGGUAAAUCACCCACAACUGCGUUACCAUCUCCACGCCGGCGCUCUCUCCACAAUGUGGCUCUAACCUGGGUUAGAGGAGAUCGAGUGCCACGAGUGAAGGAGAAGGGCUCCGCCGACAAUCUCAGUACAGAUCAAAAAUUAUGAAAGAGAUCUUUUCUGUUCUUCGCUUACAGAACACAAACCUUGUAUAUAACGGUACUAGUUUGCUUCUUUGUUGCAAAUGAUGGUAUAUUUUCGUUAAUAAAAUG